AUGUUCAUCUUAUUUCUUCUCUGCUCGUAUCGUGUGCUAAGGCCCUGUACUCAGAAAGUGGAACGUCGUCUCCAGAUUGCAACAGCCAUGAUGCGCAUCGCACAGGCUUUGAAUAACAGAGAACAAUAUGGUUGCUGGUCUGAAAUAUUUGACUCUAUAAGCCGACUUGGUACUGCGGGGAUGUCCGACGAUGAACAGAUAUCAGACCCCCAGGGGCAGCAUGGAAUCACUGUCUAUGCACCUGUCUUCCGUAAUCCCUACUUCAAUGAACUCUUCAGCAAAAUCGAUUCCACGCACGGGCUUGAAAAACAUCUGUUCGUUCGCGUAGGACGAUAUCGGCUUCCUAGAAUUUGUGGACGUGAGCGUAUUGAGCGCUCACCACCAGCAAACCUUCCUUCGUCAUACUACCAAGCUGAUUAUCUGAUUGCCAUGGAUAAGGGUCUUGUUGAGAAGGUUCCAAUUGCUUUAGAAGAAACUGCUCUUCCUCCGUAG